AUGCGAGUCGCAUCCAGCUUGAUCCUGUCCCUACAGGCAACACUUACCCUGGCAAGUAGCUAUGACAGCAAUUUUUUUAAUCCUGGUAAAGCCAGACGUCAAAAUGUCAACGCCAAGGCAUACGCUGUUCAAGAGCCGCCGUUAACUACAGAUUGGACUUACAAGCUCGGCACAAACCCUUGGCCAGAAUAUCCCAGACCCCAGCUGGAACGGGCCAAAUGGCAGAACUUGAAUGGAUUGUGGACUUAUCAGAAUGCUGCUAGCCUGGACGCCCUUAACAGCCCUCCUUUCAAUCAAACAUUAGCAAAUGAGGUUUUGAUCCCGUCUUGCCUCGAGAGUGCUAUUUCUGGAAUCCAAGCCAACUACUCAAUAUAUUCUUGGUUUCAGACAUCUUUCAAUAUCCCUUCAUCAUGGUCCAAUCAGUCAGUCUUACUCAACUUCGGAGCUGUGGAUUAUGAAGCAACGGUAUUUAUCAACGGCCAGAAGGCUGGUUUCAACCGAGGAGGAUACUCGGCGUUCACCAUUGAUGCAACCGGCCUUGUAUUUGUGCACGACCCCACUGAUAGUGGUGACUAUGUCAUUCCCAUCGGAAAACAGACCCUGAACCCAUCACAUAUUUUUUACAGACCCUGCAGCGGUAUUUGGCAGAGUGUUUGGAUCGAAUCGGCGCCAACCAACCAUAUAACUCAGCUUGAUGUCGCAGCAGACAUGAAUGGCGAGGUAAACGUCACAAUUCACAGCUCUUCCGGAACUCCGGGUCCCGUUGAAAUCAUCUUCUACGAUAGCGGAUCUAAGAGAUCACCAAAUAUUCUAGCGUCACAAACAGGGACUUCUGAUGUGUCGUUUCAAUUCACGGUCCCUUCACCAAAGCUAUGGUCACCUGACUCACCGAGUUUAUAUAACUUCACUGUCGUCAUGGGUUCUGAUGAAGUCUCGAGUUAUACCGGAUUUAGGACUAUCUCCAAAGGCAAAGUUGACGGAAUAGUCCGACCGCUCUUGAAUGGGGAAUUCAUUUUCCAAUUUGGGACUUUGGAUCAGGGAUACUGGCCUGACGGCGUUUAUACCCCGCCAAACCGGGAGGCCAUGGUGUACGAUCUGGAAGCAUUGAAGAAGCUAGGAUUUAAUAUGCUUCGGAAGCAUAUAAAAGUUGAAAACGCGUUGUUUUAUCAAGCAUGUGAUCAAAUGGGCCUCCUUUUGAUCCAAGACAUGCCCGCCCUCCGGCCUAUUCAGAGCCGUACCCUGUCCAACUGCACAUCAGAAACGAUUCUGCCAGAUACAGAUCAACAAGCCGAGUUCACUCGUCAACUCGAGGUUCUUGUAAAUCAGCAUAAAAACUAUCCCAGCAUCGGGACAUGGGUUAUCUACAACGAAGGCUGGGGACAAGUAAUUCAAGGCUAUCCCGAGUUUGGCCUCACGGACAUCGUUCGCAGUCUCGAUCCAACGCGUCUCGUUGACAGUACAACGGGAUGGCACGACCAUGGUGCCGGAGACUACAGCGACAAUCAUCAUUACGCGAACCCACAAUGUGGCUCCCCCUUCUACUCUAUCGACUCAAGCCCCUACGACCCAACACGCAUUGGCUUCCAAGGCGAAUUCGGCGGAAUCGGCCAAAACGUCUCCAUUGAGCAUCUAUGGAACGUCCAAACAGCCAUCAACACCAUCAACCAAACCUACGAAAUCGACACCUCGAUCGAGGCAUGGAACUACCGCGCCCACCGCCUUCUAGACGAUCUGAGGGAUCAAACAGAGUUGUUUGCAUGUAGUGGGGGAGUCUGGACGCAGACUACUGAUGUCGAGGGUGAGGUCAAUGGCUUGCUGACUUAUGACCGGAGGGUCUUACGGCCGGAUGUGGCGCAGUGGCAAGCUGAUAUUAAGGCGUUGUACGAUGCUGCUGCGGGCAGUCAUAACGCUUCGAUGGCUAUUUCCUAG